GUACCAAUCUGCGCUGACGAUACCCCCCGUUGGGGCUAGAGCCACUGGCUAUACAUGAGCUUUAGUUUCUGGUAGGGAGAAGAACGUCAGUGUGACUUGUCAGGGUCGUUUGUUAUCACAGUGCAAUUUCACCUAAUCGAACGCACAUACGCAAUCGAAACAGCAGUAGAAUUACUAAUCUAAAGAUUCUACCUAGGAUUGCGCGAAUCGAAGAGUUCUUUCUGUUUAGUGGACGAACUUAAAAAGGGCACUAAAUCUUUGAGCUGAACCACAGUACGAACUAAGUCUGCUUCUUUGAUUGGCCCGAACAAACACCGCUAACAGAAAACUCAAAGAUUUACCUGUUCAACAACAUGAGCAAGCCACCGAUUACUCGGCAGACUCGUUCCCAGACGAGAGCUGCCCAAGAGCUUGCGAGACAUAACCUACAAACCGAGGAAGUAGUUGAUGAGGGUGCAGAUCUACAAUUUGAAGCCUCUGUGGUAGACCUUCAAGGAGGAGAAGAAGUUGACUGCGGUAGUUGCAUUCGACCCAAUAAUGCCGAGACGUUUAUGGUCCAAUGUUCGCGAUGCUUCCUCUACUACCACUUCUCGUGUGCGGGAGUGACCGUCGCCACCGUUAAUCUCCAGCCGUUCAUUUGUAAGACCUGUAUUCCUCUCGGGCCGCCAGAGAAAAUCCCUUCAGUACGCUCUGGAACAACUUCGAGCUUACGUAGCUCACAGCUUUCGUUGGAACUACGAAGAGUGGAGGAGGAGAUACAACUGGAAGAGGAGAUUUCCCAGCAGCUUGAACGCAAGAAGAAGUUGAUUGCUAAAAGAUACGAUCUUAUGAGCCAAAGAGAUGAUGUCAAGUCACGCAGCAGCGGUCGUAGUAACCGAACGACGCCAAAUAGAGUUCUCAACUGGAUCGAGACACAGGGAAAAGCCGGUAAAUCCGACCCUGCCGAUUCCGUGAACUUAUUGAGCGGUAAUCCGGUCGGCCGGCUCAACGCGGGACUCACAUCUACACCGGUUAAUGAGAGCAAACCUGUAGACGACCUGGCACAACUUGCAAAGCUUCCAGCUGGAGGAAUCAGCGGUCCUGAUCCAAACAAACCUCCGGGCCAACUGGACCUCGAUUCGAUUCCCGAAGUUCCGGACAAACCUCGGAACAAUCCUUUCUCGAAAGGAGCCGUUGGGAAAUUGUUCAAACCGACUACGCGGUAUGAAAACUGGCUGGAUCAAAUAAACCGGAAGCCACCAGCUAACAAGCCGGAUGAUGUCGGCCGUCAACUGGCUGAUAAAGCAUUAGCUGAGAAGCUUGCACGAUUGGAAGAUCAACGUAAACAGGACCAGAACCUACAACGCGAACAAGAACAAAAGCUGAAACAUCAACUGCAACGUGCAGAGCAGGAAAGACUGGAGCUGAUUAGAGAGAAGGAUCGUGUCCUGGCCGAAAACCAAAACCACCAGAAGCGAUUUGACGAAUUUCAAGAGGACUUGAUCAACCAGUUCAACGAGAUGCUAAAUCAGCAGCAGAACAACGCCAAUAGCCGACCUGAAUCCUCGGACAACUGGUAUGACCGGGAGCUGCAGCAGCUGCAGCGAUCACGAGAGUUGAACUUCAAACGAAACGAACCCACACCAACACACAGCGUGCAUUCUAGUUUGCCUUCCAUUUCGGAGGGAAUCGGAAGCCUGCCGAGCCCGUACGGAGGACGCACGGAAUCAUCUCAUCCUACGAUUCCGCCGCAGGAAGAUCCAGAAGUUUCAAGCUGCUCCACUAUUCCGCCACGGCCCGUUCCGUCCGGUUCUCAUACCCGACCAUCGAAAUCGUGUCUGGAUCCACCCCCGCUUACAUCCCACCAAAUAGCUGCGCGGCAAGUGGUGUCCAAGGAACUGCCAGACUUCUUUGGCGAUCCUGCUGAAUGGCCACUGUUCAUCAGUAGAUACAAUCACUCCACAAAAGCGUGUGGCUACACUGAUUCGGAAAAUCUGCUACGUCUAGAUCGAGCUAUCAAAGGGCACGCGAGGGAGAUGGUUAGCAGCCUACUGCUCGACCCAUCCACGGUGCCGGAGUUACUGUCCUCGCUGAAACUUCUCUACGGGAGACCCGAGCAGAUCGUGCACAACCUGAUCGCCAAAGUGCGAGCCACACCAGCACCAAAGGCAGACAAAUUGGAGUCGUUGGUGACCUUUGGAUUGGUAGUGCGUAACCUGUGCGGACACCUAAGGGCAAUCGGAAUGGAGAAGCACCUUUCGAAUCCGACACUGUUAUCCGAGCUGGUGGAGAAGCUUCCCGCCAACGUGAAGUUCAACUGGGCUUUGUAUCAACACCAGCUGAAAGAGGUAGACCUGAAUUCCUUUGGGUCUUACAUGUCUCAGAUUGCGACGGCUACGAGUGGAGUUACCGUACUGUCUACGGCCCCUAGAGCUGGUCGGGACGAGCGUCAAAAAUCUAAGGAAAAAGGAUUUGUCAACGCGCACGCUGAACAAGAAGAGACAAGCGACGGUGAAGGUAGAGACCAGCCAAAGGAGCGGUUGAACGUUGUCAACAAGAUCGAAACCCAUAAGGCGUGUCCGGCUUGCGGCGUCGAAGGUCACUCUGCGAAGGACUGUAUACAAUUCAAGGAUCUGAGUUUGGAUGAUCGCUGGAAGGUGGUUAAAGCGAAAAAGCUUUGUCGACGUUGUUUGACUCCGCACUCCCGUUGGCCGUGCAACGCUGAAGCCUGCGGGGUGAACGGUUGUCAAAAAAGACACCAUCGACUUCUGCAUUACGAUCACCCACCGGUAGAACCUCAACGUACCGAGCCGACGAACGCCACGGUCACGAUUCACCGCCAGCCAAAUCCGACGACCCUGUUCCGAAUCUUGCCAGUCACGCUGUACGGAGCGCGGGGGCAGGUUGACACGUUUGCCUUCUUGGAUGACGGAUCUUCGGUGACCCUUGUGGAGAGAUCGAUUGCGAACAAGCUGGGAAUUGCAGGAGAAGAUUCCUCUCUCUGUAUCCACUGGACCGGUGGCAUCAAGAAAAACAUCUCGAACACACAACUGGUAGAUCUGGAGAUUUCCGGGGUCAACAACACCAAUCGACUUAAAGCGAAAGCAGUUUACACCGUCGAAGGAUUGGGAUUGCCAGACCAGUCGAUGAAUUUCGAGGCGAUGGCGGCCAAGUACGAUUACUUGCGAAGUCUUCCUGUACAAAACCUGAUGUCCGCGGUUCCUGGUGUACUAAUCGGGCUGAACAACUUACACCUGAUGGCCCCCCUGAAGCUACGUGAAGGCAGAGAAGGCGAACCAAUCGCCACGAAAACCCGUCUUGGCUGGGCAGUUUACGGAGCUAUCCCGGGGCGUGAGGCGCCCUUCCUACACCGGCAGAUGCACAUCCACGGAAGCCCGACCGGCGACGAACUCCACGAGUACGUGCGAAGCUUCUUCGCUGUCGAAAGUCUAGGCGUUAUAGCUGCACCUGGUGCCGUUGGUCCCGACGAGCAACGAGCAAUAAAAAUGCUAACAGAGACCACCAAGCGGACGGCAAGCGGCCGGUUUGAAACAGGACUUCUCUGGAGGCACGACUACAUCGAGUUUCCUGACAAUAGAGCGAUGGCUGAAAAACGGAUGAAGUGUCUAGAAAAACGUUUGCUGAGAGACCCCGUGCUGUACGACAACGUUCAGAAGCAGAUAGCAGAUUUUCAGCACAAGGGUUUUGCUCACAAAGCUACACCAGAGGAGCUGCAGCGUUUUGACCCACGCCGAACCUGGUAUCUGCCACUUGGUCUGGUGAUCAACCCGAAUAAACCCGGGAAAGUUCGCCUCAUUUGGGAUGCGGCGGCGAAGGUCGACGGAGUUUCGCUUAAUUCGAUGCUGCUCAAGGGACCCGACUUGCUUUCACCUCUGCUGUCCGUGCUCUUCAAGUUCCGGGAAAGGCAGGUAGCGAUUGGCGGUGACAUUGAGGCCAUGUUCCACCAGGUUCGGAUACGCGAAGCAGAUCGAAGUGCCCAGCUGUUCUAUUGGCGGGAUUCCCCUGAAAAGCCGUUGGAAACAAUGGUAACCGACGUUGCCAUUUUCGGUGCCAGCUGUUCACCCGCGCAUUUCCAGUACGUUAAAAAUCUAAAUGCCACUCAGUACGAAAUAGAUUACCCCAGGGCAGCAAAUGCAAUCCGGACAAAGCAUUUAUCAACGACUACCUGGAUAGCGUCGACACAGCAGAGGAGGCGGCAGAGAUUGCGCUGGAGGUUGCCGAAGUUCACUCUAGAGCCGGGUUCCACAUCCGAAACUGGGUCUCCAACAACGCUGCGGUACUGCAGAGAAUCGGAGCGGCCAAUCCAACAACGGUGA